AUGGCAGAAACCAUCGCUCAUGAUCGAAUGAACAGAUUCAAGCAGUUACGUGAUUAUAUAAGAAAAAUCAAUUUUUUCAACGAUGCAGAAACCACAUCUGUUAUUGAUCAAUUAUUUGCAACAAGAAUUGUUAUCUUUCUAAUGACUAUCGCUCUCAUUAUUAUUAUUACUUGGGCUAGUUUAACUAUUCAGACACAUUCUGUCACUAUUCCUUCACCAUCUGAAACUAUUUUCAAACAACUAUCUGUUCGAUAUCCGAAUACACUUUCAUGUCGAUGUACACAAACAUCGAUUCAUCAUCAUCAAUUUCUUUCGUUUGAUCCACAAUAUCAUCCAAUAUGUACAAGUCAAUUUAUUAGUCAUUUAUUUAUUUCAGCUUUAUCUAAGAUAAAUAUCAGUGACUAUUAUAUCUCAGAUUAUCGUAUUAUAGUAUCAUCUCAUUUUCAGCUGCUUAAGCUACUUUGUGAAACAGUGAAACAAAUGAUAGAUGAUUCAUUAUUUAUUUUUGAUUCUAAAUACUUUACUACCACUCAAGUUUUGUCCAUUGAAAAGUUUGAGGCACAGAUAAAUCAACUUAUAAAACAGCUAAAAUCAACAACAAUGACUGAUAUGAAACAUACAAGUGAUUAUCUUGGAUUAAUUAUUUUUCAAAAUGGCAUUUAUUCAGCAUUGCAGACGAAGUAUCGUAUUCAAUAUACUCCUAAUUCUAAUACAUACAGUCAGCCUUCAAAUGAAUACAACACUUUGAUUACUACCUGCUCUUGUGAAACAAACGCUGCUUGUGUAAGCCAAGCUGAAUUAUACUAUUUUCAAGGAUACUUUUUAGGCAAUUCCUCAACUGCAGAUAGAAUCAAGCUUAUGUACUUUUUAGGGCGAAUAUUCUCGAUUCCCGGUAUGAUGGUUGGUUGUUCACCAUACAGUUCGUUACUUCAAUCAUCCCUUCAAUGUUUCUAUGACCAAUCAUGUAUUCAGCAAAUGCAAACAUUCAUCCAUGGUUUCUCAUUGCUUUCACCACUUUCAUCAUCUCAUUUUCAGCCAGAUGCAACAAUUGAAAAUCUCUUGAAUGAAUUAUUUAUUGACUCAUGGAAUGAAAAACGAAAUUUUAGUGCUUAUUUUGACAUAUGUUCUCCGCUUUCAUGCACUUAUACAUAUGAUCGACGAUUUAAUCUUCUUCAUAUAAUUGUGACCAUUAUUAGUCUUUUUGGUGGUGUACAGAUGACUGUGUUUUUUAUUGCUCCAUUUAUAGUUAAGAUUAUACGACGAUGUCAAAAGUGUAAACGUCAGUGUAAUAGAAGUGAUAAUCUAUCAACUGAAACUGAACUCGAAACAAAUUCCAAUCAAAGUAAAUUUCUUUUUUUGUAUGGUUAUCGUUUUUUAGUCGAAGAAUUUGUUUUAUAG